AUGAUUACACUAGAUUAUACCUUUUAUCGCACGAUAGUUUUCGUGCCUUUUAACUUUUUCCGUGUCAAUGUGUUCCAAUCGAUUUCGCUAUUUUAUGGCGCUCACCCUUGGCAUUGGUAUUUUACCCAAGGAAUUCCAGUCGUCGCCGCUAGCUUUCUUCCGUUCAUUAUAAAAGGCAUUAUCUCAUCAGAACCACUUUUGCCAAGAACAAAACCUUUUGUGUCAUUGAUGCUUUGGGUGAUCAUUGGAUACAGCUUUCUCGGUCAUAAAGAGUUCCGUUUUAUUUAUCCCAUUUUGCCAAUUGCUAUUAUAUUCUCCGGAUUUGGUUUAGCAGAAAUCGCGCGAACAACAGAGCAGUCGCAGAAUUCCAUACAUCGUCAUUAUUUUAAAGCAUCCAUAGUAAUUUUGAUAAUAACUCAGAUACCAUUGGCUUAUUAUACAAGCUUUAUUCAUCAACGUGGAGUUGUCGAUGUGAUUGAUUACUUGAGGAUAGAAGUAAAACAAGGAAAAGUGAAAGAUAUUGGAUUUUUGAUGCCAUGUCAUUCAACACCGUUUUAUAGUAAUAUGCAUCAGAAUGUUACAAUGUGGUUCCUCACGUGUGAGCCUCCAAUGAGUGCUACGACUGAUACCAAUGAACUGUUAUUGGAUGAAGCAGAUAUAUUUUACACUGACCCUCAGCAAUAUUUAACUGGUCGAUUUGAGCCUUUAACAAUCAAACAAAAGUCGAAUAACGAUAUAUCAGAGAGUAUUAACACAAAUCCAUCGCGUGAAAAAUGGCCAAGUCAUCUUGUUAUUUUUCAAGCUUUGUUAAAGGACCUUGAGCCGUUUAUUGAUAAAGCACAGUACCGCCAGUGUGCAAAAUUCUUUAAUUCUCACUUUCAUGAUGAUUGGCGACGAAGAGGCGAUGUAAUUGUAUUAUGUCGUGAUAAUAUUAUCGAGACUUGA